CGCGGCGCGGCGUGGCAGCCGGCGGAGCGGCGAUGGCCGAGCGAGGCCCGGAGAGCGCGUCGGCCGUGGUGGCGGCGCUGCCGCCGGAGGUGCGGGCGCAGCUGGCCGAGCUGGAGCUGGAGCUGUCUGAGGGGGAUAUCACACAGAAGGGAUAUGAAAAAAAAAAGUCAAAACUUCUAUCUCCUUACAUCCCUCAGACACAAGAAUCUGAUUCAGCACUACAGAAAGAACAUAGAAACCAGACACCCGCUUCAUCUGCUGCUCAAACUUCCACUCCUUCUAAGUACCACCGAACAAGAUCUGGGGGAGCCAGGGAUGAACGAUACAGAUCAGAUAUCCACACAGAAGCAGUUCAGGCUGCACUGGCAAAGCAUAAAGAGCAAAAAAUGGCUUUGCCCAUGCCAACCAAAAGACGAUCCACAUUUGUCCAGUCUCCUGCAGAUGCCUGCACACCUCCUGACACGUCUUCUGCCUCUGAGGAUGAGGGUUCUCUAAGACGCCAAGCUGCACUCUCUGCUGCCUUGCAACAGAGCUUACAGAAUGCUGAGUCCUGGAUCAACCGUUCCAUUCAGGGAUCGUCCACUUCUUCAUCCGCAUCUUCUACGCUGUCCCAUGGAGAGGUCAAAGGAACCAGUGGGUCUCUAGCUGAUGUAUUUGCCAAUACUCGAAUAGAGAAUUUCUCUGCUCCCCCUGAUGUCACUACAACUACCUCUUCCUCAUCAUCAUCUUCCUCACUACGGCCAGCAAAUAUUGACCUGCCCCCCUCAGGAAUAGUUAAAGGCAUGCACAAAGGAUCCAACAGGUCCAGUCUUAUGGAUACAGCUGAUGGUGUUCCUGUUAGUAGCAGAGUAUCCACAAAAAUCCAGCAGCUUCUCAACACUCUGAAACGACCUAAAAGGCCACCCUUAAAAGAAUUUUUUGUGGAUGACUCUGAAGAAAUCGUGGAAGUACCUCAGCCAGACCCCAACCAACCUAAGCCUGAGGGCCGUCAGAUGACCCCUGUGAAGGGAGAGCCCCUGGGAGUCAUUUGUAACUGGCCACCUGCACUGGAGUCUGCCCUGCAGCGCUGGGGCACCACUCAAGCCAAAUGCCCCUGUCUGACUGCACUGGAUGUGACUGGGAAACCUGUUUACACUCUGACAUAUGGAAAAUUGUGGAGCAGAAGUUUAAAGUUGGCCUUCACACUGCUUAAUAAACUGGGGACCAAAAAUGAACCUGUAUUAAAACCUGGAGACAGGGUAGCCCUGGUUUACCCCAACAAUGAUCCAGUCAUGUUCAUGGUGGCUUUUUAUGGAUGUCUUCUGGCAGAAGUGAUUCCAGUGCCUAUAGAGGUACCUCUUACCAGAAAGGAUGCUGGAGGGCAACAGAUUGGCUUCUUGUUAGGAAGUUGCGGUAUUGCUUUAGCUCUUACAAGUGAAAUUUGUCUGAAGGGAUUGCCAAAAACCCAGAAUGGAGAAAUUGUACAGUUUAAAGGUUGGCCUCGGCUCAAAUGGGUUGUGACAGAUUCCAAAUACCUUUCAAAGCCUCCUAAAGACUGGCAGCCCCACAUCUCACAAGCUGGAAUGGAACCAGCAUACAUUGAGUAUAAAACAAGCAAAGAAGGAAGUGUAAUGGGAGUUACAGUAUCCCGCCUUGCAAUGUUGUCUCACUGCCAAGCUCUGUCCCAGGCCUGCAAUUACACUGAAGGUGAAACAGUAGUGAAUGUUCUAGACUGUAAGAAGGACGCUGGGCUGUGGCAUGGCAUGUUUGCGAAUGUAAUGAAUAAAAUGCAUACAGUUAGUGUACCUUACUCUGUUAUGAAGACUUGUCCUCUCUCUUGGGUCCAGAGAGUGCAUGCCCACAAAGCUAAGGUAGCUUUGGUCAAAUGUCGAGACUUACACUGGGCUAUGAUGGCGCAUCGGGAUCAAAGAGAUGUGAGCUUGAGUUCCCUUCGCAUGUUAAUUGUGACUGAUGGAGCUAAUCCCUGGUCUGUGUCAUCCUGUGAUGCCUUCCUGAGUCUGUUCCAAAGCCACGGACUGAAACCAGAGGCCAUCUGUCCAUGUGCUACUUCCGCUGAAGCCAUGACUGUUGCCAUUCGCAGACCUGGAGUUCCAGGAGCCCCUUUGCCGGGAAGAGCCGUUCUCUCAAUGAAUGGAUUGAGCUAUGGGGUAAUACGGGUCAAUACUGAAGAUAAAAACUCAGCACUGACUGUCCAGGAUGUGGGGCAUGUCAUGCCUGGUGGGAUGAUGUGUAUUGUGAAACCUGAGGGACAACCCCAACUCUGCAAGACAGAUGAAAUUGGUGAAAUCUGUGUCAGCUCCAGAACAGGGGGCAUGAUGUACUUUGGGCUUGCUGGUGUGACAAAAAAUAACUUUGAGGUAAUUCCAGUGAAUUCCGUAGGCUCUCCUAUUGGAGAUGUACCAUUCAUUCGGUCAGGUUUGCUGGGAUUUGUAGGACCAGGCAGCUUGGUGUUUGUGGUUGGAAAAAUGGAUGGGUUACUAAUGGUCAGUGGCCGAAGACAUAACGCUGAUGAUAUUGUUGCUACUGGGUUGGCGGUUGAAUCAAUAAAGACUGUUUAUAGAGGAAGAAUUGCUGUAUUUUCUGUAUCUGUGUUUUAUGAUGAGCGCAUUGUGGUGGUUGCGGAACAAAGACCUGAUGCCUCCGAAGAAGACAGUUUCCAGUGGAUGAGCCGUGUUCUGCAGGCAAUCGAUAGUAUUCAUCAGGUGGGAGUCUACUGUCUUGCUUUGGUGCCUGCUAAUACAUUGCCAAAAACUCCACUAGGAGGAAUCCAUAUAUCUCAGACUAAACAGCUCUUUCUGGAGGGAUCUUUACAUCCUUGUAAUAUCCUCAUGUGCCCCCAUACAUGUGUGACCAAUUUGCCAAAACCCAGGCAAAAGCAACCAGGUGUGGGCCCUGCUUCUGUGAUGGUUGGGAAUCUGGUAGCUGGAAAACGCAUAGCACAAGCUGCUGGAAGAGAUCUUGGGCAAAUUGAAGAGAAUGAUUUAGUGAGGAAGCAUCAGUUUCUGGCAGAAAUUUUACAGUGGCGAGCCCAGACAACUCCUGACCAUGUACUCUUCAUGCUGUUAAAUGCCAAGGGAACUACUGUGUGCACAGCAAGCUGCCUUCAGCUUCAUAAGCGAGCAGAGAGGAUUGCAACUGUGCUUGGUGAUAAGGGACAUCUGAAUGCUGGAGAUAAUGUGGUGUUGCUGUAUCCACCUGGCAUUGAGUUAAUCGCUGCAUUCUAUGGAUGCCUGUAUGCAGGGUGCAUCCCUGUGACCGUCAGACCUCCUCACGCUCAGAACCUCACUGCCACGUUGCCCACUGUUCGCAUGAUUGUUGAUGUCAGCAAAGCAGCCUGCAUUCUCACCACUCAGAUCCUAAUGAGGUUACUGAGGUCUCGAGAAGCAGCAGCAGCUGUGGACGUGAAAACGUGGCCCACCAUCAUUGACACAGAUGAUUUAUCCAGGAAAAGAUUAUCUCAGCUGUAUAAGCCACCUACUCCUGAGAUGUUGGCAUACCUUGAUUUCAGUGUCUCCACCACGGGCAUGCUUACAGGUGUAAAGAUGUCCCACUCUGCAGUCAACGCCCUCUGUAGAGCCAUCAAGCUCCAAUGCGAAUUAUACUCCUCUCGGCAAAUCGCCAUCUGCCUUGACCCUUACUGUGGACUUGGCUUUGCACUCUGGUGUCUCUGCAGUGUCUAUUCAGGUCACCAGUCCAUCUUAAUUCCUCCUAUGGAGUUAGAAAACAACCUUUUCCUCUGGCUCUCCACUGUCAACCAGUACAAAAUAAGGGAUACCUUCUGCUCCUAUUCAGUAAUGGAGCUCUGUACCAAAGGACUUGGGAACCAAGUAGAGGUGCUAAAGACCAGAGGAAUCAACCUCUCUUGUAUCCGGACCCUUGUGGUUGUGGCUGAGGAGCGGCCUCGAAUUGCACUGCAGCAGUCCUUCUCCAAGCUCUUUAAAGACAUUGGGCUGUCACCUCGGGCUGUGAGCACCACUUUCGGAUCAAGAGUCAAUGUAGCAAUAUGUUUACAGGGAACCUCAGGGCCUGAUCCUACAACUGUGUAUGUGGAUCUGAAGUCAUUAAGACAUGACAGGGUUCGUCUUGUGGAACGAGGUGCCCCCCAGAGUUUGCUCCUCUCCGAGUCUGGAAAGAUCUUACCUGGAGUAAAAGUGGUUAUUGUCAACCCGGAGACCAAAGGGCCUGUUGGAGAUUCUCACCUUGGAGAGAUUUGGGUAAACAGUCCCCACACAGCAAGUGGCUAUUACACAAUCUACGAUAGUGAAACUCUUCAAGCGGAUCAUUUCAACACCCGCCUGAGCUUCGGGGAUGCUGCUCAGACACUCUGGGCUCGGACAGGAUACCUUGGUUUUGUUCGGCGAACGGAGCUCACUGCAGCCACUGGAGAGCGUCAUGAUGCAUUGUAUGUUGUGGGGGCUUUGGAUGAAACACUGGAGCUGAGAGGACUAAGAUAUCACCCAAUCGAUAUUGAGACCUCUGUGUCCCGUGUCCACAGGAGCAUUGCUGAAUGUGCUGUUUUCACAUGGACCAACUUGCUUGUGGUGGUUGUGGAACUGUGUGGCUCUGAGCAGGAAGCCCUUGAUCUAGUUCCUUUAGUGACAAAUGUGGUCCUGGAAGAGCAUUACCUCAUCGUUGGAGUCGUGGUUGUGGUGGAUCCUGGUGUUAUUCCCAUCAACUCCAGAGGAGAGAAGCAGAGGAUGCACCUCCGUGACAGUUUUCUCGCUGACCAGUUAGACCCCAUCUAUGUAGCGUAUAACAUGUAACCAGCCUUGUGGAGAUUUCAGGGGACCAUCCUAAAAAGCCACAAGGACUAAAGAUCUGAGACUAGGAGCAAGAUUUCAGAUUAUGUGAAAUAAGCUGGGACAGCUACAUUAGAUAUUUCAUCUCAUCCUGUGGAAUUCUGCACUCACAGCACACAGGGAAGGGGAAUUCUGUGAUGGCAAGUGAAAAAAAUGUUAAGUGUUAGUCAUGAGCUUUGAUCCAGUGUGAGCAGCACAUUACAAAAGCAAUUACAUGCAUGUUACAUUUUUUUCAUGUUGUAUAUAUCUGUAUUUUUACCUAAAUGCUGUUUUAGAAUUUUGUAAGGGAGUUGAUCGAAUGAAUUCACUUGAAGGGGUAAUCUGAGUUACACAGUUCCCUGAUCUGUACUGUAUUUUGCCAUUUGACUCUAAUUAGGCAUUAUGUGGAAUUGGCUAACUUGAAACUACCCUUACUUUCAGUCUACACUAAGCAAAACUGAUAACCCACUGAAUAUGAGAAUUGCAUUAUAUUUGUGCAUAUAUAUAUAAAUUCUUGACUAUAAGACAUUUUGACCAGUGUUUUAAACAUGUAAAUAAGGAUACACAUAAGUCAGCUUUAAAACUGAAGAAAUUUGGCUUAUAUAGUUAUUAAUAACCAAAAUAGGAACAUUUCUGCUUUGAGAGAAUUUUAGAAUUCUCUUAGUGCAGUGUAAUCGAAUAGGUGACUAAAAAGUGCAAACUGUUGGCAAAUUUUGCUGCACGUUGUACUGUCUCUCUUGGCUGAUGUAUUUUAUAAACUAAAGCUGCCUGUGUUUGUUUUUAAAGCUUGCAUUCCCAGAAUCAACUUAAGCUUUUAAGAAUUCAGCCUAUUUCUGUAAGCUAAAAAAAUCGGUUUAAAAAUCAAAAUGUUAUGGACAAACUGAGAUUCUUUAGAUCCCACCCUGCUCUAAGGAACCAUGACAAUGUACACUGGUUCCCAGUGUCAAAACUGUUGAGACUGCAUAAGAUUUGAGUUUCCUCUUUUCUAGCCCCAUUGUAAACCAUGUGUGCUGUUUGUACAUAGAGCUGCUCCUUUCUACAAAGUGUGCUCUUCACUGACAGCUCAUGGGGUGCAACAGGGAGCUCAGGACCAGAUAAGAGGCUGGGAAGGCAGUGAGAUUGAUACGUAAAAUUGUAAGACUACAUGGUUCAACAUCUCAAAAUUAAUCAUUUUGGGUUGCCAAAAUAGUGAGGCUUAAUGCUGCAAUAGGGGAAGACUGAUGUAUGCAAGAAACUUUUAAAAUAACUGUGGUGCCCUGGCCAAGUGGACUGAGACUGAGUUUGGCUCUGGCUCAGUUUCCUUUCUUUGGUCUGAUACUUCAUGUAUUUGAAUAUAGUUGAAUUUUAUUAUUUUUUUCUUACAGAAAUAUUUUUAAAAAUUAAAACUCAAAGUGAACAGAGUUAGCUUGUUAAAUCAGAAUGGUUCUCUUUGACCCACUCUGGACUAUUGUGUAAAUAUUUAUUUAGGCUAUUUUAAUAAUGCAUAUUAUUUACCCC